GCUUCAAAAAAGAGGCUCAGACCCAUGUGUAAUCCGACCCCAACAUGAGAUUACCAAGCCCGUUUCUCCAUUUCCUAUGGCUCACUUCCUCAGGAAACUCCACUCCCUGCUCAGCUUGAUCGUCUUCUUCUUCUUGUUCUUGUUCCUCGCGCCGCCGUUUGCUUCGCGGGUCGCCUCGCUCUCGACCUUGUCGAUUUCCGAGACUUCGAACCAGACGUUGGUCUGUGCUCUUAUAAAGCCUCCAGGACGGAGACCGUUUCUCAACUGUACCAGCUUCCCGGCGGGAAUUCGAAUUCCUGUCAAUCCCAACGCUUCCUUUGCGGGCGUCGUCGGCGGGGACGGGUUCCUGUGCGGCUUGAGAGGUGGUUCUUUGUCGCCGACGUCGGUCCUGGGUUGCUGGAGAUUCUCCGCCGCCAAUGGCACCAACGUGCGCUACAAGCGCAUCUACAAGGGUCCUCCGGUGACGGAGCUCGAUUCCGGAGAUGCUCACGUGUGUAGUCUCGCCAAUGGGACUAGCCGGCUUGAGUGCUGGCAGUGGCCCGGAUGGGAUCGGACCAGGGUCCCGGACGACUGGUCCAGUGUCGCUGUGGGUGGGGAUUAUGCAUGCGGCCUGAUGGGCACUGGGAAGAUCGCAUGCUUCGGGGACAAUGCCCGCGUCGUGCAUAAUUGGCCGAACGGGAGCUUCAGAGCGGUUGCGGCUGGGUCUGGGUACGCCUGCGCCAUCUCGUGGGAUAACACUAACAGUCUGGAGUGCUGGGGAGAUGGGGCGGCCAAGAUCGAGCCACCGCAAGGGGACUUCGUGUCGGUGGCCCUGGGAGAGAACAGGAGCUGCGCAUUGGGGUCGAACAGCAGGGUCAAGUGCUGGGGGCAGAGCAAUUUUAGCUUGCCGGAACACUUGACAGACGCAUACUUCGUAGCCAUCAAAGCCAAGCGCCGUGUUUUUUGCGGUGUCUUGGCCUCCAACUAUUCCUUGUGCUGUUGGGGCAAUGAGCACUUCGACUCCAUGCCCGGUUCCAUGGUGUUCGAUAACGUGCUGCCCGGACCGUGCCAGAGCCAAUGUCCUUGCGGCCCUUUGCCGGGCUACGGCAUCUUGUGCGAGCAAGGAUACGUGUGUCUCCCUUGCAAAGCUUCGGCACCAGUGGUUCACCCUCCAUCGCCAGGGCCAGCACCGCCACCCGUUCGGUCUAGGGGCUUAGAUGGGAAGCUGGUGGUGUUCCUGGUGGUGGGAUGCGUGGGAUCGGCUUCUUUGCUCUCGCUCUUCGGUUUCUUGCUGUUCAGAUACUGUAAGGGGAGGGUGUGCCGCGUCCAUGAUUCGGGCCGCAUCGAAGAGACCUCGAGCCCAGAUCAGACUAGGCCCCCGCCGCCCCAGCCUCGGCCACUGGAGAAGCGGCUGAGCCAUUUGGUCAGCAUGGACUCCCACCUGGAGGAAUUCCCCUUGCAAGUGCUCGCCCGUGUCACCAAUGGAUUCGCCCAAGAGUUCAAGAUUGGGACGGGAAGCUUCGGCUCGGUCUACCGUGCUACACUGGACGACGGACGAGAAGUGGCCAUCAAGCGAGCAGAGACAUCGACAGCAGCAUCGCCGCUGCAUUUAGGUGGUGGCGGCGGCCCGAGCGCCAGGAGGCAAACCGAAGACAUAGACAGGGCAUUUCUCAACGAGCUCGAGUCUCUGUCCCGCCUCAACCACAAGAAUCUCGUGAAGCUAUGCGGAUUCUGCGAAGACGGCAACGAGUUGAUAUUGGUCUACGAGUAUAUGCACAACGGUUCGCUCCACGACCAUCUCCACAGGAUUCCAGAAUCCCCGCUCGAUUCGUGGGCGGCUCGUCUCAGAGUAGCCUUGGACGCAGCUCGCGGCAUCGAGUACCUUCAUGUCUAUGCAACUCCCCCCGUCAUCCACCGCGACAUCAAGUCUUCCAACAUUUUGCUCAACAAAAGCUGGACAGCCAAGGUUUCUGAUUUCGGACUCUCUCUUAUGUGCCCCGAAGACGACAACUCCCACCUCUCACUCCACGCUGCGGGAACAAUUGGCUACGUGGAUCCCGAGUACUAUCGGCUCCAACAUCUCACAUCUAAAAGCGACGUGUACAGCUUCGGAGUCGUUCUGCUCGAGCUAUUGUCAGGGUACAAGGCUAUCCACAACAACGAAACCGGCGUGCCGAGGAACGUGGUGGACUUUGUGAUUCCCUACAUAUUGCAAGACGAGAUUCACAGGGUCCUAGACCGGAAGGUCUUGCCACCGAACCCUUUUGAAAUAGAAGCUGUGAGGUACGCAGGAUACUUAGCUGCAGAUUGCGUGAGUUUGGAAGGCAAAGAUCGCCCGUCGAUCACAGAAAUUGUAUAUAGCUUGGAAAGAGCUCUGGCUGCAUGUUCGGCCCGUCCCCUCCUCUCUCGGUCUUCGACGGAAUCCUCGACGUCUUAGUUGUCCUCGUAGCUCGACUUUGCCAUUACCGAGCCAAAUGUGUAGAGAACACCAUUCUUUCUUAAUUCUUUCGAUGUCUACCAUCAAUUCUUUUUGUACCGUUACAUUCUUUCCUUUCUUUGAUUCAUAGGAGAAUAAGGUAAUGGAUGUUUCUCCAACAUGCCAUGUACCAAUGCAAUGCAAUGCAAUGACGAGACAUAAUUCCUG